AAACGGGUUUCGGCAGCCAUUCAGCCACGGUGAAGAUGCCGGGAACUGCAGACGUAAACCAGUUAAGAAAAUUCAACGGGCGUGUUGUGUGUUUCUGGCGGCGACAACGACGACGCCGUAUCACUCGGCGAUUGCAUUCAAACGGUUACAGACCAAACGGAAGAAUAGCAGAAUAUUUGUGUAUAGUACAAACCGAACGAACGACCUACCAGACAGCAGACAGUGCCAGGCCAGCCAGCCAGCCAGUGUCUGACAGUGCGUUUUCCAUACGAGUUAGUCAGUGUGGGUGAAAAAAAUCGGUUUUCUGCAUUAUUGAAAUACCGCUUGCGCUACGCAUAAUUAAUCUUUUUAACAGAGAAAUUUAUUAGCUCAUUGAGGAAAUAGGGACAGUGAAGUAAUUUAAUUGACGCGGUUGGAAAAAAUGUCUCUGAUACCAUUCAUAUUAGAUUUGGCCGAUGAGCUCCAUGAGUUCAGCCGUUGCUUGGCCAGUGGGAUCGAUAUCAAUGACUUCGGUUUCGGUCUCUACACUGGUUCCGAGCAACAGCAGCAAGCACAGCAGCCGCAACAACAAUCGCAGCAGCAACAAAGUCCUAGACGUAGUCGGACCUCAUCUUUUUCAUCGUUCUGGUUGCCAACAAAACGCCAUCACCCAUACAAUCGAAUUAAAAGUGCUUGCUGUGGCAAGGCUGGUGGCGAGGAGGGUAGUGUCCCCACAAGUCCCGAGAAGGAUGCAACCCAGAACGCUGUUACUCCAGGGAAGACGGCCUCCUACUCAGUGGUCAAUAAAAAUGGCUUCCAGGUCAGCAUGAACGUAAAGCAGUUUGCCCCUAGUGAAUUGUCGGUGAAAACAAUCGAUAAUUGCAUCGUCGUCGAAGGCCGCCACGAUGACAAGGAGGAUGGUCAUGGCGUCAUUUCGAGGCAUUUUGUACGCAAGUAUAUGCUGCCAAAGGGAUACGAUCCCAAGGAUGUGCUAUCGACUUUGUCUUCGGAUGGCAUUUUGACUGUGAAGGCUCCGCCACCUCCUCCGCCUAGUGCGAAAAAUGACGAGCCCAAUGAACGAGUUGUGGAGAUUCAGCCGACACCUGGACCAACCCAAAUGGUCGUGUCGUCUGCAAUGGAAGGAACCCAGCCCCAAAAAGAGCCAACGAAAAAACCAUCAUCUCCAGCGGCUCGUGAUGAGUGCCAGUUGCCAGAAAAGAGACAAAAACUCGAUGUACCCCAGGAACAACAACAGUAUGAAUCCACAGACGCAGCACGACAAACGCCAACACAAACACCAACAAUACCGGCACCAUCAUCCACAGAAGUAGCUGCUGCAGCUACCGCCACAGUCGCUUCAACUGCUGCAGUCUUUUCCAUCGGAAAUGAAAAUGCCGAAAAGCAAACAGCUGAACUGGAUGACGAUAAGGCACCACCGCAACAGGAGAAAGAGGAAGAAAACAUUACUGGUAUAGACACAGAUGCAAAGGAAGGUAAAAUAACCGAAAAUCAGCUGGAAAAGAAGGAGGAUAUGGAAAUUGAUGAGACUGAUAAAACUGUAGUAGAGGAAGAAAUCAAUGGUAGCGGUGGUGACUGCAUUAACAAUUCAUGCGAAAGUGCCGAAGCAAAAGAACCGGUUGCCGAAAACUGCACAACUUCUGCACAAGAAGACGACCAUGUUCCUGUUGAAGCCGAAGUGAGUGAGGCGAGCGAGUCUGAAAUGAAAUCCUCCAAUUCGAAUGCGACUGAAAAAAUGGAGGUGGAUGAUGAUGAUGAUGUGGCAGACGCUGCAGCCCACACUGCCGAUGUUCAGGAUACUGCUGCAGCUGCGGAUGAUGCAGUUAAUGAUAAGCAAGCAAAGUCUAAAAAUGAACCCGACGACAAAACAAUAAAUGACACGCAAACCAACAACACUAAUUCAACAGACAACUCCAAUAACAUCGAUUUAGACGAAACAGAAAAUUCAACCGGCGAAAAUACAGCUGAUGCCUCAAAAUUGUAUUCUGCCAACGACAAAAGCACAGAUGAUGCUGAAUCUGCCAACGACAAGGAAAAAGAAGUUGACGCCGAAACAGCUGUCUUGACGUCGGAGAAAACAAAAACCACCACCACUGACAUCAAUGACGUUGCUCUACUCAAGGCUGCCGUAACAGCUGACUCUGCCGACAUUACGGCGGCCGAAGAAAAUGCUCUUCUCUCUGAAUCAAUGGAAGGCACCGACACGUCUUCUGCUGCUGCCGAGAGCAGCGAAUGUGCUCUCUUUGCCAAAAAUCACUUGGGAAAUGGCAAUUCAGCUGCUCUGGUGGCAAAAGAGGAGGUUGCUAAUUAAACUACACACAAAGAACACAGAUACACACACUUAUGUAUAAACUCCCUCAAUCGGGUUCCAAAACGACAACCGAGAGAACUAUUCAAAUACUCUUUUGCAAUAAAACCAACCAACAGGCGAAAACAGAAUGAGAGGUUUUUUAUUACAAACUGAGAGAAUAAUUUGCGGCAUCCCCCUUCCCACUCUCUCAACAUCAGUGAAUGAACGAAGUGACUUGCAUAAACUUUUACACAUCCAGACACGGCAUUAAUACACACACACUAAUACGAGGAGUACUUAAGUUUGGCAACAAAAACAACAGCAUCAAUGACUGCAUUGACAGACAAAGGAACAAACAAUUAAAAGCAAGUGUAGCAGCGGAGUAGAGUAGACUGCGUCGCUUCGACAACAACAGUAAACAUACACCCAUUCAACAUACACACACUCACUUUAGAAUAUAUAAAUGUAGCAUGGGCGAAGCAGAACCGGAAUAAAAGGCAGAAGCAGCAACAUUGGCUCAGGCGCAAUUCUCUGCAGCCAGUUUUCCUAAUUUUCCUAUACUAACUACUAUUACAUAUAUUUUUAUAUAAAUCAAUUACGGAUGAUUCCUUAAGUUAUUAUUAUUAUUAAUAUUUUUUUUUAUCAGAAACACAGGAGGUUACGUUUAAGUAAAUCGAAUAUUCUUCCCCUCCAACCUCGCCCUUUGCCAAUACAUUGAAAAGAUGAAAUGGACAGACGAACAUGGGAAACUUUCGGAAUGACUUCAGACUCCAGCUUUUUUUUGAAAUGAGUAUUAACUUUUAAGUAAAUAUUUACAUUAACGUUAAAAAACCGAAUGAAUCCCCGAUUAAAAUACAAGGAAACAAAAACAAAAUAAAUAAGACCUAAUCAUUGAUGACUAAAAAAACGCAAUUAUGAAAUGAAUUAAAAGAAACACAUGACGAAGAGGACACAGAAUUAAUCAACUCUGAUUAACGGUAUUACAUAUUAAAAUACAUUCGUACAUAUUUGCCGACAUCGCGACGAAAACUGAACCAUCAACAGCAACACAGAUCAGAGCGAUGGCAGUAACCGACGCAAAGUAAGAAAAUAAACGAAAUCUUAAUUACACAUAAAUUACUGUAUGUGAGAAUAAAUAUA